AAUCAACUUUAAUUAUGUCUAUUUACUUACGAAAGAAUAAUAAACAAAGGCAUGAACAUGGCUUCUAUAAACAUGCAAUGGGAAAAUGCUGACAGCUUUUGUUUUCUUGGUGCAUUCUUUGGAGAAGGGCGCUUUUGUCACAUGGGUCGCAAUGGAUAUUUAUCUGUGCUGAGUUGUAUUUGUACUAAGGACACAGUCUGUGCUUUCCCUAAAGGAUUAGCUGCUGCUCAUCAGGUUUGUUCUUGGUUUCUUGUUUAACUUGAACUACAUUCAACGAUAUUGGAUGUGUUGAAUGCCCUAUUUUAACAUUUGGACAUAAGAUAGUAAAGCAAAAUCUUGGGAUGCUUGAAAGGAGAAUCAAAGAGACAUAAAUUGGUUUGUGAAAAGAACCUCGUUUAUUGUAAGAAAAGAAACUUCUAUUGAUGAGAAACCAU